AUGAAAAAAUAUUAUAGAUUAUUAGCUUUGACUAGCGUUCUGAUUUUAAUAUUGGUGACAUCCGCUUUUAUAAACAUCUAAUUUACUACCUACUAUUUAAAAAAUUAUAUUUCGGAUAUUACAAACCACCUAUUUGAGGUUUAAAUCAAGCACAUUUCUAUUUUUACAGCAAUAAUCUGCGAUUAGAUUAGCUAAGAAGCAUAAAAAAUUCCUACUUAUACCAAUCUGUUAAACAGUUUUGUUGGAAAAGUUCUUAAUGAUAUUACAAAUAUUCAACAUAAUUACAGAAACUCAUUAGUAAAUUAUUAUUUGCUCCAAAAAAAUGAAGAAGAUCCUAGCUUUUCUUUUAUGAUAUCAAAAAACUCUGGAUUAGUUAAUAAUUGGUAGAGUGACUAGUUCUACUAUAUAAAUGAUCUAGAUUAAGAAUAUUAGUCUUAUAUAUUAAAGCUUUCUUUAUAUAAUAUUUUACAAAGACCUAUCCAAUAUAUGAAUAAUUAAUUUUAAAAUGAAAGAAGCAUUCUUUAUGAUAACAUCUUUUAUGUUACACAGAAAUAUGAACUCAUUUUAAAUAGUAGAAAUAACACUAUUUUUGAUUGUUUUUUAUCUGAUUAGUGCAGUAUUAAUGGAUUUAGUUCAAAUAAUCUAAUAUGCCAAAGUUGGUUUUAAAACGCCAUUAAUUAAACAUAAAAUAUUUUUUUUUCACCUAAACUAUUAAAAAAUGAAAGUAAUAUCUAAAUAGCAUAGUUACAAUGCAGAUAACUUUAGUACCCUAAUAAUUAAAGUUAAAAUAAGCUGACUGUCUUUUGUAUAUAGUCAAUCAUAUCUAAACUUAAUAAUUACUUCAUUAACUUAGGAAAUAUGAUAGAUAGAACAUAUUUAAUUGAGUCUUUAAAUUAAACAAUAAUUUACCAAUCAAAUUCUAACCUUACAAUAAAUAACCUUGAAAAUUUAUACUAAAAUUAAUUUUAAUAUUAAGAUGUUAUGUCAGAAACUCAAUAUUUAAGCACCUAAGUUUAAAAUUUUCUUUCAAAUAUAACAUAUUUUUAUUAAAAUAAUCCAAUCUAUAUACAGCAUGGAGUAAUUUAGAACUAGUAAUAAAUAAGAUAUAAAAGUAAUAAUACUAAAUAUGUUAUUAUAUUAUCUCCAACAAUAAUUUAAUAAUAAUCUUUUCUAUAAAGUUAGAAAAAAAAUAGUUCAUAAUUGAACUAUAAUUAUUUAAAAAUACCUUACUUAGUAAUUAAUGUUUUAUAAGAAGGUUCUUUUAAUGGAUGGAAAUAGAAUUAAAAUUCUACUUUAGAUACUAUAUUUAUAAUUAUGACAGUGGGAAUGAUAUUAUUCUGGAUUUUUACAUCAUUGUUGGUUAAUUUUUAUUUAUUUAGGCAUUUCUAUUUAAUAGAUGAAUAAGUAGGACACUUGACUCAUAUUUUGAAUUAGAUGGCAGCUUAGAAAUUUAAUUAUGAUAUUGCUUAUAAUAGCACAAAAAAAAUAUUGAUUUGUUUUGAGACUAAAUUACUACUCUAAACAUUUUAAGAUAUUUAUUAAAUAUUAUUGUAUACUUCUGAAAACUUUUUUGACAGCAAUGAUACAGAAACACUUAUCAAACUAAGUAAAAAUUUAAAGUUUUUUUAAGGUUUUGGUAAUAAACAUGCUGAAGGAAUUACUUUUAAUAAUAUUGGAGCCUUAUUAAUGGGAAAAGGACACAUUUUUGAGGCUUUAGAGUAUUUUACAUCUUCAAUUAUUUGCGCUAAAUAUGAGAUUUAGCAAUUUUGUUAAGAGAAUCCUAUUUCAUUAACUACCUUUUUGAUUUCUGAAUUUGGAUAUCAAAGCAACAUAGAAGAAUUAAUCUUUGAAUAAAAUUAAAGAUAUUCAAUAAAACUUCAAAAAGAAAAAUCAAGAAGCAGCACAUCUAAGUAAAGUUUCUCGUAAAAAACAGCUUUUUCAUCUGUUAAACAAUAAAAAUAAUAAAUAACUACAUCGCAAUAAAUGCAUGUGGACUAAUAUUUAUAAGAAUAAGCAAGGUAGUUUAAUUAGUUUUUGAAAAAUAAAAAUUUAAAGAUCUUUAAUAAUAAUGAAAAUGAAAUUAAAGAUUAAUUUUAAGAAUAAAGGUUUUUUCUUUUGUAAAGUUUACUUCUUCAAGUUUUGGGAUGA